AUGACACCGGAGACAACCGGAAAGAAAACUUACCUUGUCGUACAGUCUAAACGAGGUGGUUUCGGCUUUGGCGGGACGUUGGUUGCCGUCGAGAUAGGGAAUAGGGCGAAAGAGAUGAACUCGAAAGCAGGACACGGUGGAUCAGAGGUGCUUUAUCUAGUCUGGACGAGCGAUCUGGGGUCAAGUCACAAGACACACCCGAAGCUUCUGCUUGCGCUAACUUGUUGCAAGGAAGAGCCUGCAACAUGCGACGUAAAGAAGCGUGGCCGGCGGGAGUGUUACUGCAGAGAUGCGCACAAGUGCAUGGGUGAAGUGUUGGACAAUGAAUUGAGAGUUGGACGAUCCUCGAGGUGGGGUGCUACUCGGGCUAGGUCGUGGGGCGGAACUGGUUCGAGAUCCGUGCUGCAAAUGGACUGGCGAGGAUAG